CCUCUACCACUACACAACACACGUCUAUAAUUCAUCAUUACACUCCUCUACCACUAUUUAUCACGUGCCUUAUACUUCAUCAUUACACUCCUCUACCACUAUAUAUCACGUGCCCUAUACUUCACCAUUAAACUCCUCUACCACUAUAUAUCACGUGCCCUAUACUUCACCAUGACACUCCUCCACUACUAUAUAUCACGGCCCUAUACUUCACCAUUCACUCCUUUACCACUACACAACGCAUGUCUAUACUUCACCAUUAAAAUCCUCUACCACUAUACAACACACGUCUAUACUUCACCAUUCACUUCUCUACCACUGUAUAUCACGUGCCCUAUACUUCACCAUUCACUCCUCUACCACUACACAACACAUGUCUAUAAUUCACCAUUCACUCCUUUUCCACUAUACAACACAAGUCUAUACUUCACCAUUCACUCCACUACCACUAUAUAUCACGUCCCUAUACUUCAACAUUCACUGCUCUACCACUAUAUAUCUCGUGCCCUAUACUUCACCAUUCAUUCCUUUACCACUACACAACACACGUCUAUAAUUCGACAUUCACUCCUUUGCCACUACACAACACAUGUCUAUACUUCACCAUUACACUCCUCUACUACUAUAUACCACGGCCCUAUACUUCACCAUUCACUCAUUUACCACUACACAACGCAUGUCUAUACUUCACCAUUAAAAUCCUCUACCACUAUACAACACACGUCUUUACUUCACCAUUUACUCCUCUACCACUACACAACACAUGUCUAUAAUUCACCAUUCACUCCUUUUCCACUACACAACACAUGUCUAUACUUCACUAUUCACUCCUCUACCACUAUAUAUCACGGCCCUAUACUUUACUAUUCACUCCUCUACCACUAUAUAUCACGUGCCCUAUACUUCACCAUUCACUCCUUUACCACUACACAACACACGUCUAUAAUUCACCAUUCACUCCUUUACCACUACAAAACACAUGUCUAUACUUCACCAUUACACUCCUCCACUACUAUAUAUCACGGCCCUAUACUUCACCAUUCACUCCUUUACCACUACACAACACAUGUCUAUACUUCACCAUAAAAAUCCUCUACUACUAUACAACACACGUCUAUACUUCACCAUUCACUCCUCUACCACUACACAACACAUGUCUAUACUUCACUAUUCACUCCUCUAC